UAUCUAUUAUUUGUUCAAAGUUAUUGCUUGGGCUCUCUGUGUAAGCACGUGAUUCUUAGUGAUGCCCUGCGGAGGAGGCUCGAGAUUGAUAUGGUCGACUGUUUGCGCGCCAAUUUGUACACUCGGUCGAAGUUCAAGAGAAAUGGAAAAUAUUCCCAAACAUUUUAUAGAACACCUGGUUCAGAAUGAAAGAAAGACUUAUCUAGAAAUAAGUUCGAUACUUUGCACUCUUUAUCCUGGGGUAAGAGGUUUGAGUGAGAGAUCGGUGCGAAGAUUUUGUUUAGAAAACAGCAUAUCAACAAGAUCUCAAAUUGACGACAACUCUUUGGAUGUGAUGGUUAAAGAGGUUAUUACUAAGGUUGGACCAACCUGGGGUAGAAAAAUGGUUACAGGUUAUUUGAGAUCCAAAGGAAUGACCCCUGGAGAACAAAGGGUUGGGUCUUCACUGGCACGUGUUGCACCAUGCCACCAAGAAAUGAGAAAGAACAGAGCUGAACAACUAAAGAACCCCAUUCCAUAUAGUGCACAAUACUUUGGCCAUAAACUCCACGUUGACCAAAACGAAAAACUUGUUAUGUAUGGUGUGACACAUGUGUGUGCUAUAGAUGGAUACAGUGGGAAAAUCAUAAGCCACAGUCUAAUGCCAGUAAAAAACAACCUUAUCAUUUAUAAUGACAUCUACAGAAAUUCUGUCGCUACUUUUGGUUUGUGGGAUCAAUUGCGUGUUGACCAUGGRAAGGAAUUUUACCUCAUGUUAUUUGUGCAAGACUUAUUGAGUAAACAUAGAAGAAACACUGAGAGACUUCCUUACAUACAGAGUACUUCGAAAGAGAAUCACAAGAUUGAAAGAAUCUGGGUAGAAUUCAAUUUAAGAGUAAAUUAUCCUGUAAAGAGAGCAUUGAAUGAAAUGGCUGGUAAUGAUGUAUUUGACAUGGAGGAUGGUAUUACAAAGUUUUCAAUUUCUUGGGUUUCAUUAAGAGUGUGCAAAGAAGGGUGUCGCCAGGUCAUUGACUCAUGGAAUGCACAUCAUAUCCAAGGAUCUGGUCGACCAAACGAACUUGAAGCAGCAAACAACAUGACUGCACCUAUUGCAAUAAGAGAACUCCCAUCAACAGAAGAGGUUGUUCAGAUGUAUGAGCAAAAAGGAGGCCACUUGACUUACUGGCCUGAGUUUGGAURUGAUCCAUUGUCAUUUUCCCCAGGCUUAMGUCAAAGAAGARUGAAUAUGUUUUCAUCUCAUUUUCCAGAUAUGGGUGUGAUAUUCUAUAAUGUAGUUAAUAAUUGUCCUGCAAUGUUUCAACGGGCAAUCAUACUUUUUCGAGAAAUAACUAUCUAUUUGCUUUCUCAUCCUUGAAGUACAAUAUGCAUGAUAUGAAACUCUAAAGUAUUUAACAGCACAUUUUCAGUCGUUGACUAGUUUUAUACCAUUCUUCGAUAAACUAUACAAUUAUGUCCUGAUAUGAAAAGUUUUGAAACUGGUACAUUUUCAUUGAUUUUCUUGCAAAACUGACCUAAGUUGUCAAGCUAAUUGCCUAAACCUAAUAAACUAAUUGAAGGAUCCAUUCGUUUGAUAAGUGUUCAUUUGAAAGACAAUUUAAAAAAUGCAUAGCAAAAUACUGCUGAAAUUGUCUACAUUUAUCAUUCUUAUUUCCAUCGAACACAAUCGAAUAUCAAUUUCCGAUUGCUUGUCGACUGGUUUUUGAAUCGAAUACAGUCGUACUAAUAAUAGAGACAAAACUGUCGAACAGAAUCCUCGUCAAAACAAAUGCACGAAACUAAGCAAAUGAUUUACGAUGUGUCUGGAUUAAACAGUUUCAGUAAUUAGUUGUUAGAUAUAAGUUUAGGUAUGCAUCACAUAAUUGUAAUCGUUUACUUUGGAAUAAAAAAAUAAUAAAUAUAU